CUUGCGGCUCUGCUACGCCCGGGUGGGGGGGCCCUUGGAAAUGGUGGGGUUCGGCCCCUGGGCCCAGUGUCUGGGCCCCCUCCCUGCUUGCGCUUGGCGUGGGACAUCCCUGGGGAGGGGGAGAGACUCUUCGUUCUGACAGCGUGUCAGUAUUUUCAGGUCUAGGUUUAGAAAGCUUAUCUGUGUGUUUAGUAGAAACUGUCUCCGUCCAACACGUGCUCCACUGGCCUGGCUUUUAUCGGGCCCGUGAAUAGUGCGUAUAUGGCAGCCUUUCAAGUAUUUGAAGAAAAAAAAUCCCUCUGUAUUCCUCGUACGAGUUCUGGUUUUCAAAAUGAAAAAGGUCUCCAUUUCUGUCAUUAUUCCCCUGGCAGGAGGUGUGGUUUUUGGUUCCCUCUCCCCAGCUCAUCUUCCACCUGAAUCACUUUGUCCAUGUUGCCCUUAAUAAGUAGCCUGAUAAACCCAGCGUCGACUUGAAUCUUGGCCCCCGAUGUCGGAGCCUAAUGCUGUUAACCUGGCCACUGUCACCGCCUCCUCGAUCGCCAAUCUGAGACCUUCGCAAGCCUGCUCGUGUUCAGCCGUCUCCUCCCUGUGCCCUUGCGGUUGCUUUUGGAAGGAGCAGCAGGGCAGUAAGGUUGUGUUGUUGGGCGGCACCCAGUUACUGUGGCGUGGUGAAGGAUUGCAAAGUGUAGUCAAGUGCAUUCGAAAAAUGAUUUGCCGUUACUUUGAAAAAUUGGGUUUGAGUGGAUUAUAGGUCCAGAUUUGGUUUGGCAAGGACAUCUCUUAACCUGUUGUUGGUGUUUUUGGUGGCAUUAGGGCUGAUCACAUGGAUGGUCAGUAAGAAGCAGUGAUUGUUUCCAGUGUGAGGGAGUGUUAGAUUGCCAGGCAAAGUUAAUAAUAAGUAUCGGUGGCCACGUGCAGCCUACCAGUGGCAGCAGAUAGGGUUACCACAUGGUAAUUUAGUCUGUCAUUUUGGAUAGAGAUUACCGGUGUCUUCAGUGUUAGAGAAUUUUGCUCCCUUGAGAAUUUUUUACAGCUGUGUUUGGUGUGGGGUAAGGAACACAGGCCUGGGGUUGGAUGCCAGCCCUCUCCUUACACAUUGGUGUGUGAUCGUGAGCAAACCAGCUCCUCGGUCUCGAUUUGUCUCGUAACGUCAUGCAGCCAGAACGAGGUCGUGACUGGCAGGUGGUGCCUGUAAAAAGUUCAUAGCUAGUUUUACUAAAAAGCUAGCCUUUGCAUAUGGAAUAAACUUUCAAAGUGAGGCAGAGCUGAAAAUAAGUACUUAGUAGACAGUGGAACAUACCCAACAUAUACUUCAUGUUUGCUUUCUGAGGAUAGAGCAUUAUUAUACUCUUUGGGCUUCUGGGUUGAGGUAGCUUUCAGAUUUGCCCUGGAGAAUGUGUGGGUGCCACACCUUUCCCUAAAGCAACCAAACAUGACUCCACUUUUAAAUAGUGACCCAAAUUUUAAGAUGUCUGUCCUAGACUAGGGGUAGAGGCUUUAGCCUCAGAACUAAGUGGCUCAUCCAGGAUUAAACUUGACCUCAUUAGUACUUUACCCCAUCUGGCUAAGUUAACUGGCGGUGGACUGUAACCAGCAAGGGCUCUGAAACAACUUAAAGUGGGGUGAGACUCUAAUAAUUGGACCAUCCCAGUGAUUUGAGAAAUCUGAUGUUCAGCUCUGAAAUCUUGACGAUAAAGAUGAACUGUUCCAGCCAUAAAAUGCAAGAGUGUUUGUAUUAAGUCCCACCUUUCACACAUAUUGUGUCCUUGUGAGAAACUGAAGGUUUGUGUGGUUGUUGACUUUCAUUCCUGGGGGAAUCUCUCCCACCACAAUUGCCAGUUUUGUGUGGGAGGUGUGUGCCUGGGAUUUCUAACCCCAUUAUUUCUUUAUGGUUCUCAUUCUGCUGUUAGAAACCCUCAGGACUGUGAGGGAAAAGGAAGUCUAAACUUUGUAAUAAUAAAAGUAUAAUAUUAUGGAUGUCAUCCUGAUUCAGAAAACCUGUCAGUCUUUGUGAUGUCUUGUGUUUUCUUUUUUCCCAGCAAUUUAUAUCAGAUGUUUUGUAAAACAUUACCAUUUUAUAUGAAGUAAAAGUUACAUGGGGUAAGUAUAAAAUUGGAGUUGUUUUAGGAAGAGUAAAACCUCUACAGAGGAAGGAGUAUGUUCCUUAUGAAUUACAGGAGGGUACAUUGUAUUUUAGUCAUUGGCUCAGAGGGGAGCACAUGCUAUUACUUUUUAUUCUUGAAGACAGUUGGGAAGAGAGCAGGAAUGUACUUUUUAUUGUUGAAGAGCUGGAAAGGUUGUAUAGUAGGUAUUGAUACUGGAGAGGAGUUGAGGGAGUUCUUGUAGCAGCUCCUCCUGUUCCUAAGCUGCAGUCUUGAGACAGAUUCUGUGUUUGUUCCGUGGGGAAGAGAGCUUUGUGAUGUUGUUUUGCCUGAACUUUGUACCUAAGAUCAUCCAAGUCAAAGAGUGAGUAGUGGAUUGCUUGACUUGAUGUUGAUGGGUAUGUGGGAGGUGAAGUUGCAGGAUGAAGUAGAAGACAACAGGUACAUUUGAAUUUGAAAUAAACAAUGAAUAACUUUUUAGCAUUUGAAUUAAUUUUUUUUAGCUUUUAAAGAUUUAUGUAACAAGGAUCUGCAGCACUUGAAGUAUUUAAAGAGGUUGAUAUUAGAAUCAUUUUUCAGUAGAGAUAUCUGCUCUCUUUUCAUGUUUACAUUCAAUGAUUUUUUCCAUAUGUGGAUAUAUCCCUAAGAUCAUGUAUAUUCAAGAUGAUUUUAAUCCUGAAUGUUUGACUUUCUAGAGUGACGACUUUUAGUAAAGUUUUGAAUUCAUACUUUAAUGAUGUUUUUAAAUCUUCAGCUGUGUUUUAGGUAUCGCAUGUUUGUAUUCAGUUGGUAUUAUAGAUUACAAACUUAUUUUUGAAUGGAUAUAAUUAAAUUUCAAAUUUAACUUUUUAAAUUAUGAAUCUGGCAUCCUUGGGAGUGGGGGGGGGGUAGGGUAGAGGGGUGGGUGUUGACUAAAUAUAUUCCAUCGGUAUUAUUUUCAGAAUUCAGAAUCUGAAAUUGGUAUGUAUGUAGAACUUUUAUUGUUUGGCUCUAAGCUUUAAUGUGAAUUACUGUUUAAAAAAUUUUAAAACUGCAGCUGUGCUGGAGCGUGGUCUUGGAGAUGGGAGGCGCUGUGAGCGCUGGCGAGGACAACGACGAGCUGAUCGACAACUUGAAGGAGGCGCAGUACAUCCGCUCCGAGCUGGUGGAGCGGGCCUUCCGAGCUGUUGACCGCGCAGACUAUUACCUUGAAGAAUUUAAAGAGAACGCAUAUAAAGACUUGGCGUGGAAGCAUGGCAACAUCCACCUCUCCGCUCCGUGCAUCUACUCGGAGGUGAUGGAGGCCCUGGACCUGCAGCCUGGCCUCUCGUUCUUGAACCUGGGCAGCGGCACUGGCUACCUCAGCUCCAUGGUGGGGCUCAUCCUUGGUCCUUUUGGUGUGAACCACGGGGUGGAACUCCAUUCGGAUGUGACAGAGUACGCAAAGCAGAAACUGGACUUCUUCAUCAGGACAAGUGACAGCUUUGACAAGUUUGACUUCUGUGAACCCUCCUUUGUUACUGGCAAUUGCCUGGAGAUUUCUCCGGAUUGUUCUCAGUAUGACCGGGUGUACUGCGGGGCAGGUGUGCAGAAAGAGCACGAGGAGUACAUGAAGAGUCUCCUCAAAGUCGGGGGCAUCCUGGUCAUGCCGCUGGAAGAGAAGUUGACUAAGAUAACUCGUACUGGUCCUUCUGCUUGGGAAACCAAAAAGAUUCUGGCUGUUUCUUUUGCUCCGCUGAUCCAGCCCUGCCAGUCAGAGUCAGGCAAAUCAAGACUUGUCCAGUUACCACCCCUGGCGGUUCGCAGCCUGCAGGACCUGGCGCGCAUUGCCAUCAGGGGCACAAUUAAGAAGAUCAUUCACCAGGAGGCAGUGAACAGAAACGGGAACGGACUGAAAAACACUCCCAGGUUUAAACGAAGGAGAGUUCGCCGCCGCCGAAUGGAAACAAUUGUCUUUUUGGACAAAGAGGUCUUUGCCAGUCGGAUCUCCAACCCCUCUGAUGACAACAGCUGCGGAGACCUGGAAGAGGAGCUGCGGGAAGAAGAGGUGGCAACCCCGCCAGACACCAAGCCAGAGCCCCCAGUGAACUUCCUGCGUGAGAAGGUCCUGAGCCUCCCUCUGCCAGAUCCUCUGAAGUACUACCUGCUUUAUUACAGAGAAAAGUAAGUCUGUGGUCCAGGGAAGGAGGCCAAGCUUGCCUGGAGGGCCGUCCAGAGCAGGUGUCCUGGGGAAGGAAGGGCUCUCGCUCUGCAUCUCUUAUUGUCGUCUGUCCUUGACUGUCCUCUAGAGUUCUCAUCCAGUGGUCUGAUUUCUGUAAACACAAUCUGACAAAUGUAAGGUGCAAGGGAGAAUGUUUUCUCUUGGAGGAGGGGUUGACUUCCCACUCUCAGGAAAUGCUGAGGUCUGCGCGUGGAAGCAGCUUGGAGACCGUUUCUUACAUGAGGUACAUGUGUCUGCAUCAGAAAGGAAAACUGAAGUUGAGAUUAACCUGUGUUGCUUAUGAAAGGUGAGACAAAAAGCACAAGUUUUUUGAGCGGGGCACGCUUACGUCCAAGUUUGAAUUUUACGGUAUCAACUUCUUAAUUCUUAAUUACUGGCACUGAGUUUCACUAAAUCUUUUAGUUAUCUAGAGCGGGGAGACAUGAUUGAAAAGCCCUCCCUUAUUUUAAGUAAAUUAAAUCUUACCUGGGUUGUCAAUAGUAAUUUUAAAAAAGAAAAAUUGUGAUGGGGGAGGAAUGAAAGUAUCAAAUUGCCAGAUGUCUUUGUGGAAUUGCAAAAGAAUUGCAGGGCAUUUUUUCCUGAUACCUUUUGUUACCUUUAAAAGAACCAACAUUGAGUAAUCCUCUCAAAGAAAAUCCUAAAGAAUGAAACAAGUGUUGUGUGUAAGUAAUAAGCUACCUGACAGUUGCCCCAGCGACGGAGAUGAUUGUUGACUCAGCUGUAAAUACAGUCAUGGUGUCUAAGGCUCAGUCCUCAGAGCAGGUGGGAAGCACUGGCUGCAGGAAAUGGGUUGGGGACAGUGUAGAUGGCUUGUGGGUUUCUUUUUUUUUUUCCAGUUGGCUGUUUUUUUGUAAUCACAUUACAGUACUAAUCCAUAGAUUUUAUCUCUUAUAAUUCUGGAGAAAAAGAUUUGUUAGUUUUGUAAUUUUUCUUAAGAACAAAUAUACGUGUUCAGUAUCUCCAUUGCUUUAGAACCAUUUCACUCAAAGUGACUUGUGGAAUCCAUCUUCUCCAGGCCUGUGUGUUGAGAGCUUCCUGUUCUAUCAAGUCAUGGGUCUAGAAGAAGAGGCCUUCCUGUCAAUUAGGUGGCAGGAUGUUUACAGGUGAUGCUGCUUCUUCCAAAACAUUGGUUCUUUUCAGACCUUUCAGUUUUACCCAAAGACUAGUGUAAAAUGUGAACAAUAAACCCCACAUCAGAGUGCUGAUGGAGGAUUAAUCAUCCAGAUUUUAUAAUUAAUUUUAUCCCUUAGCCUCUCAGGUGUUGCUGGGGUUCAAUGUCUUUGUGGUUUCACCAGCGUCACUGAGUUCUGGUUUUUUUGUUUUGCCAUUUGUGCUUCUUUUUAGUAACUGAGUCAUUUAUCACAGAUUGCUGUGUGCCGCAUAGCUGGGAAAGUGUGUGUAUUGCCCUAAAUUGGUACAGUUAAGCUGUUGUAAAGAAGGUUUUUUCAUAGUUGUGUUUAUCUGCCUGUAACUGAAAGUCAGGCCUCGUUCUCUCAGAGAGAAAAGCAUGAGUCACAUUUACUUGCUAAGACUUCAGUUUGCAGAUUUUGUUGACGUUAUUCUAAUUGAUUCGUAGAGACCUCUGCAGUAUGUGGCUAUUUUGGACAUAAUAAUAAAUAAAUGAUAUCUGAAAUAUUUUAUAUUAGGUCGCCUGACUAAAUGUUUUUCUAUAAUUGUAUAUGGAUUUCCUUUUCUUUUCAACCACAUUUGCCUUUAUGCUAGAUUGAAAAAACUCUUUACAGUGUGUAAGACAUGUUUCCUCCAUAUAUGUUAAACUGUUCCUAACAUUUUGUAUUUACAUGUUGGUUUGUGACUUUUAAACCAGAAUUUGGUUAAAAAAAUAUAUAGAUAUUGAAUAUAAUAUAUGUAAAAUAAUUUGGUGUUGCUCUGUCUUAUCAAUAUAAAGGAGAAGCAUCAGUGAGUUACCCUGUGUGUCAGCACCUUUCUCCAGAGUUCAGUAUGAGACACCACUUUCUGUUUUCAGACAGGUGGAUUAUAUAUUACUCUGUGUUGUCUGUGAGUUCUAUAUUGUAAACAACAUUCUAGACAAUGGCUGACUUUUAUGUUUUGAUUAGUCUGUAUUUUUCUAUGUGACCUCUGUCUUGAAAGUAGUAAAGCCAUAGACAGACAGGUGCACAAGAAAUAACAAAUUUAUAAAUAUUAAGUAUGUAAUGUAGAAAUCAGCUGUGUAUUUUAAAAUAUUUUUUCCAGUCUGGAACUUUCAGGGGAUUAAUGCAAGAAACAUGAAACAAAGAUUUUAAUGAGCUGAUAUACAAAAGAUACCAAUAAAGGUAGUUAAGACACUUUA